UCAGAGGAAAUAUGUUUCGUGGAGUGCUAGUUCUGUUCCUGAGCGGCAUAACAGCCGCACAGUUUCCUGUUUUAGGUGAUCAACAACACCUGGUGUCAAGCAUCACAGACUACCUGGAAGAAACGGAGUUUUGUUACAAAUGUGAUGAUGAGGUGGCCAGCCUAAAGGAGGUCAAUGCCAACCAGUCCGCACUUCUAGCACAGCAGGCCGGAGAUCUAGCACAGCAGGCCGGACUCAUCUCAUCUCUGCAGAAUUGGCUGGACAGUGUUGUCGCACGAGUGGACAGUGCCGAGCAGUUCAUGAACGCAGAUAUAGAUGAACUGCGACAGAAGUAUGAGAUGCUGGAACAGAAGCUGUCAGCUCUGGAAAAUAAAACUUGCGAAGGAGCCGACACAUGUACGAUACCGUCCAGCUGCACUGAAGUAGCAGAAAGAAGCGGAAUCAACAACCAGGCAUUCUACGUCAUCGAUCCUGAUGGACCAGAACAUGGAGUCCUGCCGAUGGUUGUUCAGUGUGAUUUUCAGGGAGAUGCUAUAAUUACCCUGAUUGGCCACAACAGUGAGGCACGGACACGUGUGAAAGGUUUUGAAGAUCCAGGUAGCUACUCCAAGGAUGUGACGUACUGGAAUAGCAUGGACCAAGUGAGAGCUGUGGUGGACCAAUCGUCUUUGUGCAAACAGCACAUCAAGUAUGAAUGCCAUCAUUCAGAGAUCUUCUACACAUCUGGCUCACAAGCCUCCUGGUGGGUGACUUGGGAUGGACGCCAGGCUGACUACUGGGGAGGUGCCAGUCCUGGGAGUGGGCAGUGUGCCUGUGGUCAAACAGGCUCAUGCUCAAAUGGAUGCAACUGUAAUGCCAAUGAUUACACAUGGCGUGAGGAUUCUGGGUUCCUGUUCCACAAAGAUGACCUGCCAGUCACCCAGCUCAGGUUUGGGGACACUGGUCAAAGUGGUGAAGAAGGUUACUACACCCUGGGGAAACUAAUCUGCUACCCCUGAGUCUAGCUGGGAAUAACUGUCCGGCACAGCAGUGUUCUUAGCAUGCAACAGUGCAGUGCGGAAGUUAAAUUCGUUACAUUCAACAUUCGUUCUAUGUACCAUAACAAUUAAUUCUGU